GUAGAAACUGCCUGGAGCCGUUGAAAGUAAGAGAAUGUAGAAACGGUCCAAAAGGAGCACCAUGGGCACAAAGAACCACUCUAGGUUGGACGAUCUCGGGUCAAAUUUGCAAGAGCGGCGCUGGCGGUAAAGUGUAUGCUUCAGUUAACCGUACAGUUGUAGAACCCACCUGCCUUUAUCAAAGUGAUGGCAUUUGUACAAACCACAUUUAUAUCAAGGAUAGACCACAUAUCACUACUACAAAGACCGACAUCUACGUAGAAACCAAAGACGAAUGCAAGAUUGCAAUGUCUAUGGAAGAUGAACGUUUCAUACAGAAAAUGCAGCUCGGCGCCCAUACCAAUGCCAAUGGUAAUUUAGAGUUUCCAUUGCCUUUUAAAGAAGACGAUGUUAACCUUCCAAACAAUCGUUCUCAAGCUCAGUACCGACUAAAAAACUUACUUAAAACACUUAAUAGAAAACCAGAAGCAAUGGAAGAAUAUAAACAAUUCAUUUCAAAAAUACUGUCCAGGAAUCAUGCAUCACCAGUACCAGAAAGUGAUAUUAACCCUCUACCAGGAAAAGCCUGGUACCUACCUCAUUUUCCUGUCCAUCACCCAAAGAAAAAUAGUCUACGGGUGGUAUUCGACGGAAGUGCUGAGUUCAAUGGCUGUUCUCUAAACAAGGCGCUGUUACGAGGACCUGAACACAUGAACAGCCUCCUAGGAGUCUUACUAAGAUUCAGAAUUGGAAAUAUUGCAGUUAUGGGUGACAUAGAACAGAUGUUCCAUAACUUCUACGUUGACACACCCGAUCGAAACUUCCUACAUUUCCUCUGGUUUAAAGAUAAUGACACAUCACAACCAAUAGUUGAAUAUCGAAUGAAUGUCCACUUGUUUGGCAGUACUUCAUCUCCUGCUGUUGCAACCUUUGGUUUGCGAAUGAUUGCAGACAACUGCAAAGAUACGCAUGGUGAAGACGUGGCAGAAUUCAUCCAUCAAGAUUUCUAUGUCGACGAUGGUAUUACAUCUAAACCUGAUGUAGAAUCUACAAUUAGCCUUAUUAAACGUAGCUGUGCUGCUUUAAUGACGAAAAGGUUACGAUUCCACAAGAUAGUGUGCAAUAGCAUAGACGUACUUAAGGCUUUACCAGAAGAGGAUAUAAAUAAAGACCUCAAGAGUGUCGAAUUACAUAAGGAUGAUCUACCAACCCAACGGACACUAGGAGUUCACUGGGAUCUGGAGUCAGAUACUCUUACCUUCCAUGUAAGUCUUCCAAACAAACCAUUCUCACGGCGGGGAGUACUUUCAGUCUCCAGUUCAAUUUUUGACCCAUUAGGUCUGGUAGCACCAGUCACCAUCGAAGGAAAAAUUAUGCUGAGAGAGUUAAUGAAAAAUACUAAGCAUGGUAACAAAACCUCCCAAAACUGUUGGGAUUCCCCACUUCCUGAAAGAUACCUCUCUAAAUGGAUUGGAUGGAAAGACUCCUUAUAUGAACUACAAAAUAUACAACUCCCAAGAUGUUACCAACCUCCCAACUUUGGUCCAAUCAGACGAAGAGAAAUUCAUGUGUUCUCAGACGCUAGCGAUGUAGCCAUUGGAGCAGUAGCUUAUCUACGACAGAUAAACAAGGAUGGCGAACCACAUGUAGCCUUCCUCAAAGGUAAAUCAAAACUGACACCAAAGCAUGCAGUCUCCAUACCACGGUUGGAACUCUGUGCUGCAGUGUUGGCAACAAAUAUAGUAGAGAACAUCAAAGCAGAAAUCGAAAAUAGAAUGCCGGUGGACAGCAUCAUGUACUACACAGACAGCAAAGUUGUCCUUGGUUAUAUUUCUAAUGAAUCAAAACGGUUUCAUGUCUAUGUUGCUAACAGAGUACACAGAAUUCACAGUGUAUCUGAUCGAGCACAGUGGUGUCAUAUUGAUACGGACCAUAACCCUGCAGACAUGGCCCUUAGAUCUACUAGAGCGGACCGCCUCAUGGAUACUACGUGGUUCACAGGGCCAGACUUCCUAUGGGAAACAAAACUUAUAACAACAAACAGACAACUUACUUCAACAGUCAAGGAAAUCGACGAAGGUGAUCCAGAGGUUCGAAAGCAAAUCAAAAUCCUUAAAACAGAUGCCCAAGCUCACACGCACUUUCAAAACAGAUUCUGUCAUUUUUCUAGAUGGCUUGUCUUACGUAGAGCUAUCGCUAUCCUAAUAACUAGGGCCAGACACCUUAAACCUGUCUCUUAUACACAUCUAGAUGUGUAUAAGAGACAGAGGACAAACCAACAGUUUGGAUGA